GAUGGAUAGCUGGGAUCUAGGUGACUUGGAGGCAGAAUGGGAUCAUGAAGUGAGAGGCGAGCAAACUCUCGUCCUUAGCGGGGGGAUCACUUUUGGUCACCCUUCACCUCUGGCAGCCUCUGCCAUCUCAUUAUGAAGUCGUGGGUGACAGUGUCUACCUUGUGGGUGGGUGAACAGUAAUUAUGACACGUGCGAUGUGCUCAGUAAAAGGCAGCUCUGGAAAGAUCUUCCUACUGCUCUGAAAUUGACCAGAGGACGCUCUACUUUUGAGACUUGAUGUGCUUUUCUGUCACCGCGUGCUGCCUGGUUGGGUAUGAAGGCCCUGGACCCCGGGCUGUAGAAUUUGCUCAAUGAAAAGCUGAGUCUGGAGGUAGAGGAGCCCUGUCAUGUGGACUUAGAUACGUCGGAAGCAGCACUGAGCUUCAGCAAAUCCUGCUCAAGUAUGCUCAGAAGAUCCGGGGAGGAACAGGACAGACGGAGCCAGUGAUGAAGGCGAGAAUUCGAUUCCUAGAGCACCAUGCGGUGGGGGGCUGAUUAUGUGAGAGCAGCUGCUGCUGGACAGAUGUUCGCGGCACCAGCGGGUGGUCUUGGGCUCUCGCUGUCCUCUACUGGGAGCUACAGAAGGAGCAUCACGGUGGUGGCUUGUGAAACCAUCACACGAGUAAGAGAGACGUGAGGGACAGAAGUAUCCCAAGCAGGGCUGAUGUUAGCUUCUAGAAGGUAUAAAACCUGGAAGGCCGCUUGAAGAGCUGGUGGCAAUCUAGAUGAAUGUCUUCGUCUUACCCGCAGGGGAACUGAGGGUCAAGGAUGAGAACGGCCCAGGUUCACAGGGAACUGGGGAGCAGAGCUGGCUUUGGAUCCCCAGGCCCGAGUUCCUUCCACACCACGCUGAUGCGUGGAGCAAGCAGUCGGGAGGCCUCGGGAAAGUUACAGAAGUGACCAGGCCGUCCUCAGAUACAUAAGCCAUCCCACACCUGCCCUUUGUGGGAGAGUCUAGGCGGGACACCUUCAGUCCAGAACCAGCAAGAAGCCUCAUUUCCACGGAAGCACAAAGGGCAGUGAGCUUUUCUCUUUGGCCUCCCUUACUUGGUGAAUCUCUGCUCUUUUCAUCUCAUCCUGGCACGUUUCCCGGCGCCCUACCUCCGCCAGGAUGACGGGAGGGGACAUGACUGCCUGCUGCUCAAACACCAUUGGCUGUCCAGUCACAAGACAUACGUUUCCAUCGUGUCGUGGACGCCUCAGACAAGCCCUGUUUUUUUGCUGAUGGAUUGCUACAAAGAUGUGAAAGGCACCAUCUACGAAUAUGACGCCCUCACUCUUAACGGAAAGGAACACGUUCACUUCAAGCAGUACGCAGGCAAGCACGUCCUUUUCGUCAACGUGGCCACCUACUGCGGUCUGACGGCUCAGUAUCCUGAACUGAACGCACUUCAGGACGAGCUGAAGCCCUGGGGCCUGGUCGUGCUGGGCUUUCCCUGCAACCAGUUUGGGAACCAGGAACCAGGAGAGAACUCGGAGAUCCUUCCGGGGCUGAAGUAUGUGCGUCCAGGGAGAGGAUAUGUACCGAAUUUCCAGCUUUUUGAGAAAGGGGAUGUGAAUGGCAAAACAGAACAGAAAGUCUUCAGCUUCUUGAAGCUCUCCUGCCCUCACCCCUCUGAGGUGCUGGGCUCUUCCAGACACAUAUCCUGGGAGCCGGUAAAGGUCCACGACAUCCGCUGGAACUUUGAGAAGUUCCUGGUGGGGCCCAACGGGGUCCCUGUCAUGCGCUGGUUCCACCAGGCUCCCAUCAGCACCGUCAGAUCGGACAUCCUGGAGUACCUGAAGCAGCUAAAAACGAAAUAGGAAUCCCGUGUGUGGGGCGGGAGCCAUCCUGCUUCUUACCUGAAGACGUUUUUAAAAAAUUCCGUGUUUCACUACGCUGUCUUCCUAAAUGGCCUCCACUCGACUCAAUCACUCUAUCCUGCCGAAGUUCCCCCUCCCUACCAAGUAGAUUGAUGCUCAGAAGGCUGCUGCUGUUUCUCCUUGUAAGAGUACGGACGUGGGAGAAGCACAAAACACUGGAAACCCUACAUCCUCAGACGCCUGUUACAGAUGGCAUCACUCCUAUCCGUCAAGGGAAAAUCAGCCUUCCGUGAGGAUGGGUCAGUCUGCCACAAUAUCCUGGAGAAGUGCGUUCCUAGACACCACGUUGCCCCUGCUCUCUCCACCCGACAGGUGUAGAAAGAACAGUGGGGUGGUAGCCACACAGUCUGGGUUCCACCUCAUAACGUUUUCCCUCCCCUAAGGACAAACACGCAUUGUCAGUUCCCAAGUCUUUUCAGAUCAUCGUUCACCUGUGACACCCACCGUCCCACAUGCACACCGACCUGUCAUUCUGGUUUAGGAGCCCUGGGGUGGAGUGGGAGCAGGGGACUGCCUCGCAUGAAGGGAGGGGCAUCUCCAGAGCCUCCCUCUCACUUAGAUCCUACAGAAACUUUCCUAGGGUCUGACCUCUAGUGACUCAGGCUACGACACCCGGGCCAGGCACCCUUGGAAGGAUGGGCUUUCCUCUCUCCACCCUACGUUCCUCAGCAUCACAGCCAGCCCUGUCCUGUCCCAAUAAAAUGUUUUCUGCA